GAUUGUUGUCAGUCACAGCACUUCCGGUACACGAACACGUCAUCGAGCAAUAUGGCGGAGUGCGAAAACGAAGACACCAGUUGGCAUGCUGAGCUUGAGGCAGCCCUCUUGGAAGGCUGCGACUUUGGGACCCUGAGAAACAUCUGCCAGGGCCGCCAGAUUCCCAACCAGUACAGCACGACAUGCUGGAAGAUUUGUCUAAAUGUGGUGGGAAAGGGAGAUGCGCUGGCUUCCUUCGAUGGCAUCUUUGAUUUGCCCGAGCAGGAACUGAUCCGAAAUGACUGCAAAGAAUUUAUUGAAAAAUUUGACAACUCAGAUGAGGAGAAGCUGUCCCUGUCCAGCGAUCUGGAGUCUGUCAUCACACUGUACUGCAAGUCCAAGAACGCGAAAUAUGUCCACAGCAAUGGUUGGCUGGACGUACUUGGCCCCUUGGUGGCACUGCGCAUGGAGCGGGCCGACCUAUACAACUGUUUUUAUGCGGUCAUGAGUAAAUACGUUCCCAGAGAUAACAGCAAAGACAGUAAGAUGUACCAACUCUUCAGACUGCUGCUCAUGUACCAUGAACCACAGCUCUGCAACUUCCUGGACACCAAAAAGAUAUUCCCCGACGCCUACACGUCAGUUUGGUUUUCCAGCUUAUUUGCCAGCAACUGCUCCCUGGAGGUGCUGCAGAUCAUGUGGAGUCUCUACUUUCUCCAAGCCGAUGCAUUCCUCUCCUUCUUCCUGGGGUUAAUCAUUCUCGUCAACGCCAAGGACCACAUCCUCACAGAGUUGGAAAACGAGAGCCGAGAGGCGAUAGCGGAGGCGCUGGCCUCUUUCCCCAACCAACUAGAAGCAGAUGACGUGGAAGACUUCUUCAGUCUGGCCCAGUAUUACGCCUCCAAGACGCCCCAGUCAUUUCGAAGGGAUUAUCAGUCCAUUUAUGGUAGCACCUUAAGCAAUGCCAAAGAAUCUCUCAGUCCGGACCUGUCGGGCGCCCUGUGUCUACAGGUCAACCCCUCAGAGUUGUUACAGGCAAUCCAACAGGGCCCGAAUGACAGCGUAAGUUAUUUUGUUGUCGACUGUCGACCGGCUGAGCAGUAUAACAGAUGUCACCUUGCCACAGCAUUCCACCUUGAUGCCGACCUGAUGCUGCAACAGCCCACAGAGUUUGCCAGUGCCGUCAAGGCCUUGUUCACAACCCAGCGGCAGGCCAUCGCGGCCGAGUCUCAGGCCGCUGGGGAACACCUGUGCUUCCUGGGAAGUGGACGGGAGGAGGAGGACCAGUACCUACACAUGGUGGUGGCCAACUUCCUACAGAAAAAGACACAGUAUGUCAGCAUUGUUGCCGGUGGUUUUACAGCGUUAUUAAAGUUAAUCGAGAAGGAGUCGUCGUCGUCAUCAGCUGACCAGUCGUUAAAGUCUUGCAUCAUCUCCCAGCCCGAGCGAGCAGGCUCUGACGACAGUGGGAUUGGUGACUCUCCCCAGAAACUCUCAGAGAAAGGAGCAGCGCUGAUGGGCCGACUGACGUCCACCUUCAAGACCAAGUCGGCCGAGAUGAAGGACCGGAUGGUGGAGUUCAUCAAGAACGAGGCUGUCAACGAAGAUAGGCACGUCAGUAGUCUGGACACAGGGAAGAGAUAUCGAGGCAACAAGAUGCAGAAUGUGUUCAGCAUCGGAGACGAGGAGGAAGAAGCAGACAGCUUUGGCAGCGCGGCGUCGUCAGAUGAAGAGAGAAAAGAACUGGUCAAGACGGACACCUGGCUGAAGAAGCCAGACAUCCUGGCCGCCUACCAGUGUCAGGAGGUCAAAGAUAACGGUCACACCUAUCCAAGCAACAUGCUGGUCACCAAGACGCACCUGUACGUCCUGCGGGACAAGGCCGACAGCCGGGGCUUCUCCUACAUCGUGGCCCGCCGGGCGCUGGCCGACGUGGUCCGCAUCACCUCCAAGAAGCGCUGCCCGGAGCUCAUCACCUUCCGCUACGGCAAGUACAGCGGGGGCGGCAGCAGCGAGGAGACGGAGGUGUACGCCGUGGACCGGCUCUACCUGCCCUUGGCCAGCGAGGCCACCAAGCUGGUCAAGAGACUAAUCAUGAACGUACUGGAACCGCCGGGCACCGGCAACGGCACGGCGGCUAGCGCGGAUCCGGCCACAUAGCCCCGUGACCUUUGAUCACAUCGGGUCAAAGGGCAAUGUAAAGGUAAACUGAUUGAUAUUUAUACAUGAAGGAAUUAGAACUGAUAAAGGUAUUUCAAACUGCCCGGCAUUGCUACUAAAGCUGAAUCAAAUCAGGCACCCUUGUGACCUUUGAUCUCACCAGGUCAAAGGUCAAUAUUAAAGUAAAUGGAUUGGUACAGUGCUCGUCAUACCUCAGGGGACACAGAACUGGUCAAGAUAAUGAAACUUCCGGAACAUGCCAGCAUAGCAGGGUUGGAAGACGUAGCCCUGUGGCCUUUCACCUCAUAGUGUCAAAGGUUUGUGACCAGUUUUGCAGAAGUCGGUGAGACUAGUUGAGAGAUUACUCACAGAUUUUAUGAAAUUGCAGUGCCCUGGUGCGCAGCGUGAGUUACCCAUGCAUCUCUUAACCUGUGACCUGCACAGGUCAAGCUUUAUCAUAAAGGUGUUAAUUAUAGGCUCUGUACCAGAAAGGUCAAUGAAACCAUCCCAGAUAUAUAAUACCACCUGCUUCCAUCCAUGGCAAAAGUAAAGCACUGACCUUGUAAGCCGCCUUGGUAAAAGGUGAAUUAGGUACGUCAGAUUAGUACAUUUAAAGCCUCUCGUCAGUGUCGAGUUUUGAGACACACUCAAAACGUUUCAAACCCCACAUUCAGAUUCUCCGCCCCCCUCCCCUGAAAGGCAGAUCGUCGCUAAAUGAUGUCCCUGCUGUGACACAUGCCCUGCCUGCUACACAAACGCAAAGAACGGAAAUCACUGUUUUCACCUUUUGCUGCAACAGUCAGUCAGAUGUACCCUCCGCUCGAUUUGCCUUAGUACACAGACACAACUUGAAUAUAACUUUCAUGCCUCUUGUUCUAACGGUAGCCCAUAUGGACCAUGACAAAAACAUUCUGUUCUCUUGUACCUUUCAUUCUUUUGAGUAGGGUACCAUAGAAUAUCCCCACCAAUGUCAAGAGGCUUCAGAGGAUAAUUGGAGAUUUCUUUUUUUUUGCUCUUUUCAUCAAGGGGGAAAUUUUGGGUAAAUUGAUAUUUUGGGGGAGGGGUUUAUAUGAUAAACAUUUUGUCAUCGUUUGAUUGUAAAUUGAUUCCUGGUUUGUAUAAUUUUCGUUAUUGUUAUUUUGUACCAGAAUGAAUCAGGGUUUACUUAUUUAUAUUGCUUCAAGUUCAACCUCAUUCUUGUUUUUUCAAUUAAAAGUCUGAUUAGUUAAAACAAAUGUAUGAUCUUUUUUCUUCUUUGUUUCUUGUAUAUUAAAGAUGCCAUAAGAGCUGAGAAAAUGGAGGGUAAAUUAUAUUUUAAUAAGAGGCAAACAUGUAAAUGUUCAAUUGAAUUUGACAGUUAUUUGGGGGAUAGAUAUUAAAAGUAGCAUUAUAAUGAAAAUAUUCAUCACACCAAAAAAAAUCAUCAACUUCAAGUAUUGUUGUAGGCUGUAGGGCGUAGGUGUAAGUCAAUCUAGGAGCCUAGGUUGUCCGUUGUCAACUCAUGAAUAGGCCUAUGUGCUGACAUGCCAUCGUUGUUUACAUGCGCACUUGCCCAUGGCGCCAGUGGGGGUCCAUGGUCCACUGGCCACCUCAGGAAAGCACAAUGGUAAACACAGUGGGGUGUCAACAGUACAGGGCUCAUACUGUACAUGAACCGUACUCGAGGCAUAAUGGUGUCAGCUUAUGUUGAAAGUGGCGUUGCAUUGUGGUUGCUAGGCAGGCACUGCAGGGCAGGGCCACAUGAUAUUUACAUUUCUGGAUAUUUUUCAACUCAGGCUUGUUUUUUUUUCUUUUUUUUGGGGGGGGGGGAUUUCACGGCCAGGGAGCCAGAUUCCACCACCCUCCUCAAGAAUUAGGCUGUCACAUGUCUGAUCCAUGUCCAACUCAGCCUUUGUGUUAAGUCCGUCAUUAAAAGUACACAGGCUAUAUAUGCGAAAUUCCAAUCCAGUCUAAAUAAUGGUUUUGUUAUUUCGGUCAUUUGAAGUUUACGGCCUUCUUCGCAUAGGCCCAUGCACUGGCCUCGUGUUCACAGGCCCAUGCGCUCACUUUGUGAGACGCAGUCAUGCAAAAUCGUGUGCUUGUACCGAAAAUCAAGGGUGCCAAUCCAGGCCACACCCACAUUGUGGGGGGCCUUUUGGACUGGGUCUUUGUUUUGCCUGCAUGGUGCAGGCCCAUGGAAAUGGGUUGUUUUCUCACAACACAUGUUCCAGAACUGGCAAGCGGGAUUUUCCAACAAAAGUGGAAAUUUGGUUACAAGGUACCUACUUCAUUAUCGUCAGUAAUUUUUGAACAGAAAAAGAAGUUUUAAAAAAAAAAAUGAUAAGUACAAUUUCUCUUUUCAGUUUUAAUAGCUCAUGGUCGGUAACAGCGUGACCAAAUUUCCACUUGCGCAUGGAAUUGCCCAAGUGCAAUGUGCCCGGAAGUUAAUCAGUCAAGCAGAAACAACACACUGAAUGGUUGAAUGACCCCGAAAAAUAUUUCAUCCAUCCCUGCCUUGCUUCCGGUAUUAAGCCAUAUGUCCAACUUACCUUAGCUACGGCUUGCAAUUACAUGCAACUCUAUGCGAGUUGCCUGCAGCCAUUAUCCAUAAGACGCGUGUACAGUUACCAAACAUAGCCACACGAUAAAACAGUAAGCCCAAUAUGACACCAUUACAUUUUUCUUAGUUGAUAUUUGUUUCCAACGUGUAUUGUAAACUACAUGUAUGCCGAUUGAAAAUCGGGGCUAUUGUAUAUAUUGCCUAGUCAAUCUGUAGAGUGCAUGUACAUGUAUUUAUAAACUUAAUAUAAAAACCAUACGUGCUGAUUAUAUUGUACAUGUAUUAUAUUUGAAAUUUUCCUCGCAUCUUUGGGUGUAUAAUGUAUGAUAUCGAAUUCCUGCCAAAACCUGAUUGAGGAGCUGCGUUAUUUUUUCAUUCUAAAUUUGCCGUCAAAAUAUAGAAGCAGAAUUGUACAGCGGUAGUUGAGGGCGUAUUUCGGCACGUAAGGAGAAGAGUACACACAUGGUAGAGUAGGCAAGUUGGCCUGGCCUACGUGAACGGGCAAGAUUUCGCAAACAUCUUAGCAGAGCAUCCGCAAAGUUCAUCGCGCCACGAAUUAUAAGAUUUCUUGCUGUUGAAAUGUUAGCUGGCGAACUAUGUAUCAUAAAGCAGUUGACAGAACUGUUGAAAAACAUAACAUAUAAAUGGCAGUGAGUAAACACGGUAAAACUGGUUAAGAAUGCUGAAGAAAUGUAGUCAAACUGUCGUCUGUAAGAGCAAUUUUGCCGAAAUCAGACUUUGGCUAUCAACGUAGACAUACUUGGUUUUGAAACCUUUGAAUAACACCUGCAUGUGUGACGUUGCAGAACUUG